UAGGCUACGUCACUGGGGUGGGGCCAGGAGCUUGGCAGGCAGAGUGUGAGAGCGGAGAGUGACGCUUGCCAGCCGGCGGGGCCCAAAGUAAAGGUUGUGAGAAGCCGCGUUGAAGAAUGUGCGGGCGAACAUCCUGCCAUUUACCUAGAGAUGUUCUCACGAGAGCUUGUGCCUAUCAGGAUCGGCAGGGCCAGCAGCGGCUUCCAGAGUGGAGACAUCCUGACAAGUACUGCCCCUCUUACAACAACAGCCCUCAAUCAAAUAGCCCAGUGCUUGUGUCUCGACUGCACUUUGAGAAGGGUGCAGACUCAUCUGAGCGUGUCAUUGCUCCCAUGCGAUGGGGCUUGAUCCCAUCUUGGUUCAAAGAAGGUGAUCCGUCCAAACUGCAGUUCAACACUAGCAACUGUCGUAGUGAUACUAUAAUGGAGAAACCAUCCUUCAAGGUGCCUCUGGGAAAGGGGAGACGCUGUGUUGUUUUGGCAGAUGGAUUCUAUGAGUGGCAGCGAUGUCAGAGAACAAGCCAGAGACAGCCAUACUUUAUCUACUUCCCUCAAAUAAAAACAGAAAAGCCUGGCAGCAUUGGUGCUGCACACAGUCCUGAGGACUGGGAGAAAGUCUGGGACAACUGGAGGCUGCUAACAAUGGCUGGGAUCUUUGACUGCUGGGAGCCACCAGAGGGAGGAGACUGCCUGUAUUCCUACACUAUCAUCACAGUGGAUUCCUGCAAAGGCUUGAAUGACAUCCACCAUAGGAUGCCUGCCAUAUUAGAUGGAGAGGAAGCAGUCUCUAAAUGGCUUGACUUUGGUAAAAUCUCAACUCAAGAAGCUCUGAAGUUAAUCCACCCCACAGAGAACAUCAUCUUCCAUCCCGUCUCUCAUGUGGUGAACAAUUCCCGAAACAACACUCCUGAGUGUCUGAUUCCUGUGGACUUACUGGUCAAAAAGGAGCUGAAGGCAAGUUGCAGCAGCCAGAAGAUGUUGCAGUGGCUGGCCACAAAGGCACCCAAAAAGGAAAACCCCAAAACAUCCCAAAAAGCAGAGUCAGAUGUGCCCCAAUGGUCCAGCCAGUUCCUGCAGAAGAGCCCAUUCCCCACCAAGAGAGGCAGUGCUAGACUCCUGGAGCAAUGGCUGAAGAAGGAGAAAGAGGAGGAGCCAAUGGCCAAGAGGCCUCACAACCAAUAAUGCAGGGCUUUGAGAGAUCAAGGUCAUGGUUUGCUGCACUGAAUACUAUUGCUGAUGACAGAUUCUUGCAUUGUGUGUAUGAAUUUGCUUUGGGAGGAGGUAGCAUGGUGUUAGUUAAUAGCUGUGGGUUUAUGGGGGAGUGGCUAUCCUGGCUGUGACCAGGAACCCACAAUGGGGCAGCCUGGGAAUGGAAGGGUCCACCUCAAUCAAUUCAUAGGGGUUCAUUGUGCCUGCAGUCUUUUCUUGGUAGGACUGGUUGGAGCCUUCCCUCAAAGCCUGACCCUGCUGGCAGGCAGUUCUUAGCACCAACCUUACCUGGUGCUGCCAGUAAAAGGCCAUUUUCUACUCAGCCUUUGGACUCUUUCUGUCUUUUGGAAUUAAAUUCUUAAUAUGUAUUUUUUUCUGAUUAAAUUAUAUUUGAUAAACUGUAUUUCAGAAAAUGCUAUCGGUGGGGGUAGUUUUGGAUCUUACUAUUUUGGGCUUUCUGUGGACAAAACUGCUUUUUUGGGAAAAAUAAAAAAGACUAGGUGGAGGGUUCUUUGUUGAGUCCCUUUUCUCUCAGUCUUGGAAGUUGUCUGAAUCCUAUAGCUUAAAACCUACCUGAAUGCAUGCCUGCCAAAUACAGGGGGCUGGGGGUAGAACGGGGUACAGAGGCCAAGACCCUGUCCUUACAAUGGGAACUAGAGUCUGGGUGAGGAGAAAUCCCAAAGUCCCAGCCCUUCAAGCCCUAUGCAGAUCCCCAGCCUCUGGGUAGAGCAGGGCACAGAGGAUGACUUGGUCUUGUGGCACAAGUGGGAGCUGGCCAUCUGUCUGUCCCAGCCUGGUCAGAGACCCUAUGAUUUGUUCUGUAAGCUACUCCUUGGCACUGAAUCACUUUAUAGUUAGUUAGUUAGUUAUUUGGGGUAGUUAUCUAUUGUCCCUCUGUCACCCAGAUCAUUAAUUCCAUGAAAGCAGAGACCGCUUUUUCACAGUUUUGUUUUCCUAAUGUUAACUGUAGAUGUGCAAAUAUUUAUUAAAUGAAUGUGAGCAGCUACUACAUGUCCUGCCCUGUGCUAGGCAUGGAGCCACAGGAGCCACUAGAUGCCACACCUGGCAAUUAAGUACACAUGUGAGUGCAAGUAUAUGUGCCCCCAAUUGGGCUGUGUUUUGCCAGGAGAGAGCCUUCCUGGGUGAUUCGCUUUUAACUGUUUGGAACAUUCAGGCCCUGCAGAAUGCUGUCCUGUGCCGCUGUGUGGAAGCAGGCUCUGAGCCAAGUGGAAGGGCAGACUGUACCACCACCACUGGAUCUCUGGAGGGUCUCUGGCUGAAGUCCCAUGCAAAUCAGGGGUCAAUGUCUUCACCAAUCAGAAGGCAGUUCCGGCACCUCAGUUCCAGGUGAGGGGAGGGAUCUCUCUGCUUCGAACACUUGCAGUGACUUCUACCUACCAUGCCUUGUCUCUAAAUUUAUCUUUAGAUCACCAUUCUAGGUAAGGAGGUGAGAUCACCCUGGUGGUGGUUUGUACUCAAGAACCUUUCACUGAAGGUCAGGGGUGCUUUGCUCUGUGGCCUUCAGUUUUGUUUGAACUGAUUUGCUGAUUUGGAGGUUUUACUGAGAGACUUUAAAAAUACAUAUAACUUACGCUGGUAAGCAGCAGGUUGACUGUUAGGACUUUUGUUAUAUUUGCUUCAGGUUUAAUAAACAACAGAAAUGAGAUUCCCUUUAUUUUUCAUUACUAUCUUCCCACUGUCAGGGUUGUAUGUCAGUUUGGCAGGGUCUUUUCAUUUUAAUUAGAAGGAACAGAAUGUCCUCAGCAGUGUGUUCUUUUCAUUUAACUUUUUAUACUUUUACAUAAGUGUGAUGUUAAAAGCAUAUUCUUAUAUCUGAGAACAUAUUUUGUGAUUUCAAGUUUACAUAAAUGGUAUUUUGGACAUUUCA